UUGUGACAGUAUAAUUAACUACUGCACAGGAAGUCUGUGCCAAGGGACAUGUCGCCCGGUGUUCACAACCUACUACUGCGCCUGUGGGGCCAACACGUAUGGAGCAAACUGCCAGAACCGCCCUACCCCCUGUCAGACCUUCAACAAGUGUCAGAAUUUGGGCACAUGUAGCUACAACACCACUAGUGCCAUUAUGGCAUGUACAUGUCCUGCAAAAUACAAUGGAGAUGGCUGCGAAUGGUUGAGGGACCUAUGCAACACAGACAAUCCAUGCAAAAACAACGCUGAUUGUAGCAUCAUACAGGAUAAUUAUAAAUGUACCUGUAAACCAGGAUACACGGGCACUAACUGUGAGACGGAGAUCAAUGAGUGCUCAGGACGUACGUGCCCAGGUGGUGGCCAAUGUUUUGAUGCUAUCAAUGCCUACUACUGUCGGUGUCCACUCAAGAAGACGGGCAACAACUGUGGUCGAGAAUUUGAUCGAAACUAUGACUUCUACUUCAACCACCCAACUGGUAUGGGCUUUGCUUGGAUUCCAUACUUCAUCUUUGUACCUAAUGUUGAUGCCAUGUCUGUCACGGGAUGGGUUCGAUAUGCAGCUGCAAACGGAAAGGGCGUCUAUUUCAACAUGUUCAUUGGUGACCGGCUUGAGACAGCCAAGAAAUUCUUGGAAUUCAAUGAACUUGGCGUGAAAAUUCACCUUCCAAAUGGAACCAUCAUUCAACACGAGCUGUCUCGUACCGUGCAAGUUAAUGAUGGCAACUGGCACUAUAUCACACUGAACUUCAACAUGGUCUCCAAGGCUAUGAGGCUGUACCUGGACACUGUUUACCAUCAGCCUGAGAAGACGGUAGACAUUUCCAGUCUCAAGGUCAACAACAACGGUUUCAGAAUGUGGGUUGUGUUAGGCUGUGAGUUUGACAAUGAAGAUCACAUCUGCAUCGGUGGAGCUGACAGUUUCCGUGGAUACGUGAGCCAGAUCAACAUUUACAAACGGGAACUCACAUUUGCAAGUUCGAGUGGCGUCGCCGGAGAAAUUUCGUACAACUUUGCGGUCCCUCGUAACAUUUUUGAAGAUAAUGCCCAGCUAACCAAUGUUAUUUUGGUCUGGAACGAGUAUAAAUUUGAUAGCGGUGUCAGCAGGAUAAUUCCCUCAGAAGCAAAGGGAGAUAGGUGCUCUGUCCCUAACAGGUCGCCUCCUUGCGGAUACUUCUCAGCAAUGUCACGCCCAAGUGCUCAAAACUGUCCGAAAGAUUUCACAGUGUACGCUGAGGAUCGAAUCAAGACUGUUACGUGGGUCGAUCCCACCUUUGACAACCUUGGAGUGGCAGGAAAGGUGCACCAGGGCAAUGACAACUUAAAAGGCAAAGCAUAUACCUGGGGAAAAUAUGAAGUUAUCUACGUUGGCAGCGACGGCUCAGGAAACUCAGCUUACUGCCACUUCAGCUUUUAUGUGCAGCCCUUCCGGUGCAAUUCACCCCCGGACCCAUUUGGUGGCUUCCAGUUCUCCAAUGCUACAGACCCUUUGACUGGUGUGGUUCGCCAUGGUCGCACUAUUGGAUGCUAUAACACUAACACACCUACGGUUGUGAAUUAUAAGACUGACAGAGAGCAUCCAAAGACAUUUACUUGUGACCCGUAUGGAACUUGGAAUAAUGUGAAGCCUUUUAGGAAGUUCAGAUAUCCAUCAUGCGGAGCGGUGAAGCCUAAACCACAGGGCAAAAUUACGUUGCAUCUUGAGUACAAUCUGACAACAGGUGCUUGUGAAUCGGUCAAAGUCAACCUCAUCCAGUUGUUGAAACAAGAAGUUAGUAAGCUGGAUCUUAUUUACCAAGGUGAUCUUUGCAAGAUGAGUGAUUGCUCGGACAUUGAUGUAACAAUCACAUGCAGUGGUUUCUCGGCAGGGAGAAGGAAGCGACAAGUUGUGUAUGCCAGGGUACUGGCUGUCAUUAAAUUGGGCAACAUUCCAACUCAAACUAGUCUGGAUGGUGAGACGUUAUCAGUCCAAGAUUUCUUCACAUACUUUGCACUUGGUGCAAAAGUAUUCGAUUUUUCGUCAACAAUUGCCAACGCGGACAUUCUUCCCCAGAGCUUUGUGAUUGACCCGACCCUAAUCUGUCCUGAGUAUGAAGUUCUACUGGACGGCGGGUGCGUGGAGUGUGGCCUUGGAAACGUUUACCGGUACAACAAUGAAACUGGUGUUGCCAUCUGUGAAGAUUGCCCCCUGGGCCAAUACCAGGAUAAUUUUAAACAGAAGGCUUGUAAAGAAUGUCCUGCUGGUACUACAACAGAAAUGACUGGGGAAUACCAGGCCUCCAUGUGCAAAGCCAUCUGCCAAGUUGGUCAUUAUUUUAAUAAUGAUCUGGACAAAUGUAUGCCGUGUAAGAUUGGUUACUACCAGGACCUCAUGGGUCAGUUCUACUGCAAGUGGUGCGGACCAAGCUUCACAACGGAGAAUGAAGGAUCCACGUCAGACAGCCAGUGCUCUAGUCAGUGUGAAAGCGGUUACCAACUCUCUGGUCCCAACAACUGCACGCCAUGUCUGAUUGGUCAAUACAGAAACGCGACUGAGUCACGAGUCUGCAUGAACUGUCCUACAGGAAAAAUAACAGCUGCUAUUGCCUCAAGAUCUGCGGACGCCUGCAGUAUCACUGCUUGUACAUCUGGUAACUACAGAAGAAGUAGUGAUAAUACAUGUCAGCCAUGUCCUCUAAACUACUACCAGAAUGAGACUUGGCAAGACCAGUGUAAGCCAUGUGGCAAUGGCAAUUUCUCCAUGUGGAGAACUACCAGUACUGGGUCCAGCAAGGAACAGGACUGCCUGUUCUACUGCCCGUCUGGGUAUGAAGUGAGCUCCACUCAGGCCCAGACCUGUGUGCCGUGUGCCAGGGGACCAACCAAGGUCCCAUUGGUCAGUCUCCCAAACCCCACACAGACGGCUGUGUACUGUGUGCUCUGGGAUCCUACCAGGAUGUUGCAGAGAGCGAGAGUGGUAGAUGUGUCCAGCCUCACGGAGCACCCGCACCAUUACUGCGACAGUGGGUACGAGAAGGUAGGGUCAGCAUGUCUCCUGUGUGCUGUAGGCUCCUACAAAGACAACACUGAAGGGCUGUUCUCUAACUGCACAGCUGUGAUCCCCUCUACACCACGCCUAGCACGGCCUCAACCAGCCGUACUGCCUGCAGCAUCCGAACAUGCCCAGCUGGAAACCUACCGCAAUGUUGGUGACACGGGAUGUACAGACUGUGACCAUCGGCUACUACCAGCCCCAGCAGUUCCAGACCAGCUGCCUCAAGUGUCCUGA